GGCAUGAAAAAAGAUCAAAUUUUUUUUGGCAUUAACCCUUCUUCUCAUUUAAUGCUUUCACCUACACCAGCCCAUUUUGAGAACCCUGCAAUUUCCAUCGCAUUGAAUGCUCUUCUCUCUCUACACAGGUCCAACCUGCCAUUAACCAUCAUCUCCAGUUCAUUCUUGUAGCCCUAAAUAAACAAACCCUUCUUCCCCUUUCAGCAGUUCCUAGCUUUCUUCAACCCUAUCCGAAUGAAAUUAGCUAACGAUUAUUGUUAAUUUGCAUUUAUGCACUUCCUGUCAUAACUAGAAGAAAGGAGUCGAGAUCAGAGAUUAAGUAUAUGCUGCCAAAACCCAUUUCUUUGGUUCAAUCUUGAAGCUAAUCAAGCUACCCAUCUCAAAUGGGAAUGGAAGGCGGGGUUUAUUUGAAAAUAGCACAAGGAGGAGGGAGGAGGAAGAGGAGGAGUGUUUCUUCUGUAUAGUUACAUUCCUACUAUUUGUUUGAUCUGGUUUUGGUAAGUUUUUAAAUGUGCCCUCUUCCACUACUGUCUAAGAAAAAUACAGAUGGGUUCGUUACCUCUUUCUUCUGUAAUGGCACAACCUUUAUUAUUAUUAUUAUUAUUACUAUUAUUGAUCAUGGUGAUGGGUAAAUCAGUUCUUGGUCUUGGUUCUAUGUCAUCCAUUGCCAUUUCCUAUGGUGAAUCUGGUCCUGUAUUUUGUGGCAUUAAAUCAGAUGGUUCUCAUCUUGUGAACUGUUAUGGAUCAAAUUCAGCUAUAAUAUAUGGAACCCCAUCUCGUUUCCCCUUCAUUGGUCUAACAGCAGGAAAUGGGUUUGUUUGUGGUAUCUUAAUGGAUUCAAAUCAACCUUAUUGUUGGGGAAGUAGUGGUUUUGUUCAAAUGGGUGUUCCUCAACCAAUGGUUAAUGGGUCGGAGUAUCUUGAAAUAAGUGCCGGUGAUCAACAUUUAUGUGGAUUGAGAAAACCCUUGACCGGUAGACGCAGGAACAUUUCACUUGUUGAUUGUUGGGGUUAUAACAUGACUGCUAACCAUGAAUUUGAUGGUCCGAUCCAAUCUAUAUCUGCCGGUUCGGAGUUUAAUUGUGGGUUGUUUUCGCAGAAUCGAAGCGUUUUCUGUUGGGGAGAUGAGAGUGAUAGCCGGAUCAUUCGUUUGAUUCCUAAGGAUAUGAGGUUUAAGAGUAUAGCCUCUGGUGGAUUUCGUGUUUGUGGGAUUUUAGAAGGGGUUUUGUCGAGAGUGUUCUGUUGGGGACGAAGUUUGGAUCUUGAUCGAGCAAAUGACGAUGAUUCUACUCCGAUUGAUCCAAUGAUUAUGGUUGUUGGAGGAAAGUUUCAUGCUUGUGGGAUUAGAAGCUAUGAUCGUGUCGUCAUUUGUUGGGGAUAUCGGUUUCAUACCAGCACGCCUACUCCUCAAAACGAUACUUUUUUUCAGAUUGCAGCUGGAGAUUACUUCACUUGUGGGAUAUUAGCCGAUGGAUCUCUUUUACCCGUUUGUUGGGGGACCGGGUUUCCGACAUCUCUUCCUCCGCUUGCGGUUUCGCCUGGUUCUUGUACGUCGACCCCAUGCGAACCAGGGUUUUAUGAGUUCAACAAUGGAACUUCACCAUGUCAAGCCCUUGGUUCCCACAUUUGCCUUCCUUGUAGCCAAGGAUGUCCUGCUGAAAUGUACGAGAAUGACGAAUGUAAUUCGGCGUCAGACAGAAUCUGUCGAUUCAACUGUUCGAGUUGUUCUUCGUGGGAAUGCUUUUCGAAUUGUCCCAGUUCGAGGAAAAUGAAGUUUUGGUCUGUACAAUUGCCGGUCAUUGUUGCGGAGAUUGUGUUUGCUGUCUUCUUGGUGAUCGUUGUGGCGUUAACCUCGGUAUGUUAUGUUCGAUAUAAGUUGAGGAACUGCAAAUGCUCGGGUAGUGAGAACCAACCGAGAAUUGGUGCGAAUACUAAUAACUCGUCGUUCCCAAAAGAUAGUGGCAAAAUAAGACCGGACCUCGACGAGCUCAAGAUCAGGAGGGCUCAGAUGUUCACUUACGAUGAGCUCGAGAGAGCCACAGGCGGUUUCAAGGAAGAAGCGCAAGUUGGAAAAGGGAGUUUCUCGUGCGUAUUCAAAGGGGUAUUGAAGGACGGGACUAUAGUUGCGGUUAAGAGAGCGAUGAUGUCGCCCGACAUGAAGAAGAACUCGAAAGAGUUUCGAACUGAGCUCGACUUGCUCUCGAGGCUAAACCAUGCUCAUUUGCUAAAUCUACUUGGAUAUUGUGAAGAAGGGGAAGAGAGGCUUUUAAUAUAUGAGUUCAUGGCAAAUGGUUCAUUACAUCAACAUCUUCAUGGAAAGAACAAGUCAUUGAAAGAGCAAUUGGAUUGGAUAAGGCGAGUUACAAUCGCGGUUCAAGCUGCCCGAGGAAUUGAAUAUCUCCACGGUUACGCCUGCCCGCCAGUCAUCCAUCGAGAUAUCAAAUCCUCAAACAUACUAAUCGACGAAGAGCAUAACGCCCGUGUUUCCGAUUUUGGUCUCUCUUUGUUAGGCCCCGCGAAUAGCAGCUCGCCAUUGGCCGAACUUCCCGCGGGAACUCUGGGCUAUCUCGACCCCGAAUAUUACCGACUACACUACCUAACCACGAAAUCCGACGUCUAUUCAUUCGGGGUUCUCCUCUUGGAAAUACUAAGUGGUCGGAAAGCCAUCGACAUGAAGUUUGAGGAAGGUAACAUCGUGGAAUGGGCGGUCCCGCUAAUUAAGGCGGGGGAGUUAAUCGCAAUUCUCGAUCCGGUCCUGAAACCUCCUUCAGAUGUGGAGGCGUUGAGGAGAAUCGCAAACGUGGCUUGCAAAUGCGUGAGGAUGAGGGGAAAAGAGAGGCCUUCGAUGGAUAAAGUGACGACGGCUUUGGAACGAGCAUUGGCGCAGUUAAUGGGAAGUCCGAGCAACGAACAGCCAAUAUUACCUACCGAGGUUGUGUUGGGGAGCAGCAGGCUGCACAAGAAAUCGUCUCAAAGGUCUUCCAACCAGUCUACUUCUGAGGCCGAUGCGGGUGAAUCCGAGGACCAAAGGGUCGAGUUUAGGGCACCUUCUUGGAUUACUUUCCCGAGUGUGGCUUCUUCGCAGAGAAGGAAGUCAUCUGGUUCGGACGCAGAAGGAGAUGCGGCAGGUAAGAAUACUAAUGAAAUAAGGAACAAUAAUGGCAGCAAUGGUGCAGGUGGGGAUGGUCUGAGGAGUUUGAAAGAAGAGAUUGGACCAGCUUCACCUCAACAAGACUUGUUCUUGCAGCAUAAUUUCUAGGGUUUCCUCUUCUUCUCCUCCUUGUAACCUUUUAUUUAGCAUUCAUUAUAAAUCGUUUAUUUCCAAACUGUCUGUCUCAUCUUAAUUCAACUGUAAAAGAUUAGAAUUAACAGCAGCUAAAGCAUUCAUCAAGUUGUUACAUUUAUAUCCUAUCCUAACAUAAGGAAAAUUAU